GUUACAUAAACUCCUUAAAUCAUUUGCCUUAAUGUCACUUUCACUGAGUGUUCUGGUGCUGCCUCAUUGGUUGUUUUAGGGCAUUGACAUCCUGUCAGGGUAUUGUCUAGUGAGCGGUGAUUACUUUUCUGGGCAGAAGGAGAAACAUUAUUUUAAAUAAAGCCUGUCAGUCUUUCUGAGUCACAUUGGUGUGUCCUGGAAAACUUAGAAAACUUGACUUUUAAAACUUAUAGCACAGACCCUGAGAGUUUCUUUGCAAAGGCCAGGUUGGACAGGGCUUUGAGCAACCUGGUCUAGUGAAAGGUGUUCCUGCCUAUGGCAGGGGGUUGGAAAUCGAUGAUCUUGAAGGUCCCAUCCAAACCAGUCUAUGAUUCUGUGAUAGUAUAUGCUAAACAUCUUUGAGGACUUGCCAUGGUUCUCAAACUUGGAGAAGGACUGCUGCCUUUUUGUUCUUUUCUUGAGGGUAAAUUAUGAAGGGUUGGUGGUUUUUGGUUUACGUUUUUUUUUUCAGUGAAUAAUGUGCUGUAAUUGUACAGUUACCAAAAAUAAAACUCAGUAUCAUGUUACUAUUUAUUUUUCUUUGCCUUUCUCUCUAGAUUUCUUUAGAUCCAACAAGAUCCAACAAGAUCCACAAGAGUGGAUAAUGCGUGUGCUUUGUAAAGUUCAAAAUGUUGUGCCAAAUAGAUUUACUUUUCUUUGAUCAAAACACUUUGCAUCAUCUUGUUUUGACCAAACUGGACAAACUACAUGACUUAGAAUAGAUACCAUUACAAUGGCUUGGCUUUGUACAAAAUUCGGGGUAAUGGAAUGCAUAUAUCAUGUCCUAAAUUUCUCCAGUUUCUUCUAUUUAGAGCAGUGUGAAGUAAAAAUUAGAGACAGUAACACUGAGAAAAAGAAGGAAGAAUCACAUUCAAGCAGCAGGCAGAGCUGCACAAUGAUAGAUGGAAAUAUUUGCCUCAUGAGAAGCUCAAAAUUAAGUAAUACUUCACCAAGAGAUACGACUGAGCAAAUUAUAUUAAAUGCCUUAAGGAAUCUUCCCUGGGAUGAGUUAAAAAUAUGACAGAAAGAUGAGAGAUCUGCAACUGAGGAUCCUGCAUUGCUACUUGAGACUCUGGACAAGCCUCUCUGUAAGGACUCAAAGAAAUGA